UCUAAUAAAAACAAAACCUUGCAUAAACAAAAAGUUAUAAAAACAAAAAUAUGUCUACGGCGGAAGCAGAAUCAGGUGCCGGCGAAGAUUCGAGUGAAGCUGCUUCAGAGCAUGAUUUUAUAGAAUUGAAGAGCAUGGAGGAGGUGGAGGCCUGCGACAAGCGGCAAUUAUACCAGUACAUAGAAAAACUACAUGGCUACAUUGGCCAACUACAUUGGCUUGCGGCCAAUAAACAAAAGCUGAAACAACUGAGCCAGGACACAAAACCAUGUCAGACAGCCAUACAAUCAAACACCGAUUUGGACGAGGAAGAAUUUCCUGCAAAGCAUGAGAAGAAGAGGAAGGAGACUGCCGCAGAAUUUUCGGCUACGGAUGCCUUCAGUUUUGUGGACGAGAUGCGCCAGGCGGCCAAGCAGGCGGAAAACCUACAUAACUUCGUGUAUGAGCCGACGUCGGGCAUGUACUACGAUCCGAAGACAGGCUACUACUACAACGCGGAGUACGACCUGUACUACGAUGGCAACACGGGCUGCUACUACAGCUACGAUCAUGGCAAAGACUCGUAUGAGUUCCAUUCGCAGGCUCAGGUGCAGGCGAACGACGCAGCCAAGCCCGGAUCGGAGCAGGCGGCCGACGAGGAUGAUGAGGUGGAGUUCGACGAACUCGGGGGCGUCAUAACGGACUCGGCAACGCUGCAAAAGAUUAAAACCGAAAAGCAGAAGCUUAAAGAACGAGUCGAAAAAUCCAAGCGCAGGGCGAAGAAGAAGAAAAAGAAGAGCAAGAAGCACAGCAAGAAUAAGCGUAAGAAGGAGCGUAGUUGUAAGCCGAAAAAGAAGCGCCGCAAUGCCGAUGAUGACGUGGACGCCGAAGACGGCGAGAUCCCGUCUAGCGAUUCCAGUACCAGCUCCAACUCCAGCGACAACGAUAGCAGCAGUAGCGGCAGUGAAGACGAAGGCAGUGUACCAGUCUUCAAGGCUGCUGGACGCUUUCAAGACAUCGCCAAGAAGUAUCCGCCCUCGCUUCGCAUCAUUGUGCAGGAGACAAACGUGGAGGAGCUAGUGGUCGGGAGCCUGCAUUUGAUCACAUACAAAGGUGGAUCGUUGGGCCGCGAGGGCGAGCAUGAUGUCAUCAUACCAGAUGUAAACGUGAGCAAAAGUCAUUUAGAAUUCUACUACGAGGCCAAGUCAGGAAUUUAUAGAUGUCGCGACCUUGGCUCCCGGAAUGGCACCAUCCUCAAUGGCGUGCGCAUGGUGAACGAUCCGAUGGAUCUGGUGCACGGGAGUGUGGUCACCAUUGGGCAGACUAGACUCUUGUGUCAUGUGCAUGAGGGUAACAGCACGUGCGGACUAUGUGAGCCGGGUCUGUUGAUAGAGACGCAAGCGCCGGUAGGAGCAACAGCAUUGUCAUCCACAGCGACGGUAUUGUCGCACAAAGAGCAGCUGAAGAAGCUGCAAAAGAAGUACGGUCUGGAAAAUGAAAAAUUUGUUGAGGCUAGUGGCAAUGGACAGCACAAACAAAACUACAAUGAUCGUGCAGCAACGCGUCGUGUCAACGUGGGAAGCAGCACGGACAAGGAGAAGACGGAGGUGGCGUGCGUGCAUACGGAGAUUGCCAGCUCCAACAAAGGGUUCAAGAUGCUGAGCAAGCUUGGAUGGCAAAAGGGCAAUACUCUGGGAAAGACCAACGCCAGUGCAGGGUUGCUUACACCGAUCAAUGUGGUGGCCAACGAGGGAACCAGCGGUCUGGGGAGGAGUGAAACUAUCAGCGCUCCCAGGCUAGUGGACAAACAGAAAUUGGCCAAUUUAAAGAUCACCCAGGCUCGAUAUCAGCGGGCCAACGAUAUAUUCGAGCUGUCCAACGAAAGCGAUUGAAAUUCAUUUACAUUUAAGAUGGAAACACAUUUAAUUAACAAUUAUUCAAACAUAUGCAUAAGUAUUAUGUGUGGAUUAUGUGUGCAUAUACUUAUAGAUUUGCAUUUAUAUAUGUAUAUAUAAAUAUAUAUAUAUAUAUAUAUGUAUAGUAUUAAUUAAAAAUCUUUCUAUACGGUUAAGCUAUCAGUCAAUUAAUUAAUUUAGCUUCGAUCUAAAAAAGUAGAAAAUUGUAAUGUUAAAUAAAUAUGACAUCGGUCGGCUACAUACGGUGUGGUGUGUGGCUAAGCUAAAUGCGAGUGAAUUGCGCACGAAAA